CUUGCAGUUUAGGUGCCCAGAUGAAUUCUAAAAUUGGGCUACAAGAAACCAGCCUUUGGGGCCUCUGAGGUUCUCAACUCUGAAAAACAGUUUGUUUCCUGUUUCAGAAGAGGUCUCAUUUUCUGCAGGAAAUUGCAGAAAGUUCUGCAGGAAAUUAAAAGCACUCUAGCAGCUCCCAAAAAUGAUGGCAAUUACCAACUUGUCCAGGGUUGAAAUCAGUCACCAGAACUGUCCCAAAUAUUAGAUUCUCUCAUAAGCCUAUGAAAUGGGGGAUGAAUGUAUCCAUUGUUGGAUACCUCUUGCUUUGAUAACAACAGUUAUGAUUAUUUCCUUACUGAAAAAUAUUUCGUACUACUUAAAAGAAAAGAAACAAAAAGGCAUGAGUGUGAAGUGUGAGAACUACCAGGAACCAUGCAACAGUGAAUUUUAUUCUGAGGAAUGUCCUGUUUAUGACAAUCUCAAUCGCUGUCAUCAAGAUAUACUAAAUGAAAGUUGCUAUGAACAAAUGAAUGCCCAUGCUCAGCCUCACACAUCUAUCACUGAAGCACAGCAGACAGCUGAGCGCCAGAUGUGCUAUGCUUCCCUGGAUCACAGUGUGAAAAGAAAAAACAAAAACCUUAGAAAAAAGAAAAAUCCUCCACCAGAAGUGGAUGACCACCAUACCAGAAUGAGCUCGGUGCCCUCAGACACGUGUAUUUAUCUCAAUAGUGCACAGCUGAAUGCUGAAAAUACACUCUCUGAAGAUGCUACUCAUGAUGAUCCCUUCAGUGUAUUUGGUUUCAUUCCGAGGACAAAUGAUGCCAGAUUUUAGUAGAGACUUGGCCCACUUGUAAUCGCAGUGAAUGGAAUGGAUUAUCUUCUACUAGGAAAAUAACUAAAUAACCAUCUGUGGCUUGAACUUGGUAAUUAAAAAGAAAAUACUUAUUUGAUUGGGAAGGACUCCUGAGACCACAGCAAGAGCUGUUUGUUUGGCACUCAUUAUGGAUGUAUGUGGAUGACAUUUCACACAGAUAAAGUCAGUCUGGUGUAUAAUACCGAUAUGUACAUCUCCCUAGGUGCUCCAGAGGUGAGUGGUCACACAUAGUGAAUUACCAAGUCACUGUAAGACCAGGAAGAAGUUAAGUGUGAGGGAAAUCUUGAUCAGAUUUCAUUCCUGAUGGCACUGUUCAAAACAUUCAGGGUUGGAUUAAGAUACAAAUUUGUGAUAUGAACCAUCUUUGGAUAAAUGUGUAAAUAUUAAGUGAAUUGGUAAUUAAUUCAUUACUGCGGUGAGCCUGUGGGCAUGUCCACAAGUGUAAAACAUGGUGGAGUGACACAUGAAUCCUUUGUCUUAAAGCUGACAUUCACACAUCACGGUUAGAAAUGGGGGAAGAGAGAACGAAAGACUCUGGAAGAUGAAACACACUAUGCUCUUUACCUUAGAAAUGAACUGACUGGAGGAUAGCUCCCUCAAAGUUAUAUCUGGAUUGAGGAAGCUUUGUCUAUUGCACUUCUCACAAAGAUGACAUGGUGUAGGCAAAAAUUUUAGCACAUUUGUUGCUCUUCCAGUCAAGCCAGUGAGCAGCACGCCGCAGUAUUCCAUUAUAAUCAAACAUUUGAUUCGCAACAAGAGUGGAGAUUCCCCUUAAAAUGCCACUCAUCAUUCCAACUGGAAGUGAAAGCAUGGAAUCUCUCUUGGCACUAACUGGGGAUAAUAGCAGGGAUGCCUUUCCCAUUCACUUCUGGGGGAGGAAAUUAAGGGUCAGUCUCUGUGGAACAGAUUAGAUACCCAGCCUGGAAGUUUUCCAUCUUUGUUACAUGCUUUUAUCAAAAUGAGGAGUUAUAACACCCGAACAACUAGCAGUGUUGCUAACAUAGGGCGUAAGCUUUGUUCAUCCAGUGUGCUUGCCACAUUGUACAUGUAGCAAUUACAUACAAUGUUUAAGGUUAAUUAGAGAGUAAAGUAACUGUAUUAGUUCAUCUAAUUAACACUUAGAUAGCUAGCAAAUUAGUGUCUAAAUAUGUUUCGCUUCCUGCUGGUAAGUACUGCUAGUGUCAAUCUCCACCACUCAAUGUGUUUAUAAUGUCUUGUGUGCCUGAAUUCAAUUAUUUGUAAAGAAAGGGUUAUAAAAUUAAACCUGCAAAGAAGACUUUGACAUUCUUAAAAUACUUAAAAUAUUA